GGUGGUGCUACCUACCUGUAGUGUAUGUAAAUCCAGUCAAAAUCAAUCCAUCCAAAAAUACUUUCCACCAACAUUUAUGGCUAUCUCUGUGGAAUAGAAUACAUCAAGAAAGUCUACCACAAUAUAAGGUUGUCAACCUGAAUGAAGACAUUGAAAAGUACAUCCAUGGCUCUUUCAUCAAGAGAAACCCCUGCCCCAGAGGCUGUAAUGGUGGAAAUAAAGAAUAUAAGCAAUGUCAUUGUGACAUGGAGCAGACCAGCUGGACUGCAACGCAACAUGGCAGUUUCAUAUGAGUUACACCUCUACCAAGAUGGAAGAGGUGUAAAGAGGAAAGAGGCCAUCGCCACUGAAUCUACAAUAGGAGCCUUUUCUGAUCUAGAGCUGGAAAAAGAACAUUCAGUCAAGGUCUACACUGUAGUGAACAAUCGCUACAGUAAGUCUGCAUUUAAAGCCUUCUGGACAGAGCCUGCUCCUAGACCUUCUCCCCAGUUCAAGUUGACGAAGCCAGACUGCCUGACUGUGAGUUGGGUGCGUCCUCGCAGAUGGUCUGAAGACAUGCGUUUCAAAGUAACUUGGGAUUAUGCCAAAAAACAGCGUUGUUUCAACGAUUUGCAGCAGCCACAAUUUGACAUUCAGGAUCUCCCCUUAGGAGAGAAUCACAGAUUCACUGUGACCACAGUCGAUGCUCAAGGCACUCAGAAUCUGUGUGCAUCAGGAGAGUAUUUUGCAGAGGUUCCAGAACCAAAUAAUCUCACAGUACACCUGUCUGAAAAUGGUGCCAUGGUAACAUGGAGUGAGCCACGAAAGAUGAAUCAAGCUGCAUACCUGUUAAAACUAAAAUAUGGAAACUGUGCUAAAACCAUCAUUACUGAAGAACUCUCUGUUUCAUUACCUGGCACACAAUUGGACAAUCGGUGUGAAGUUCAUGUUUACACCUUAUCAAACAAUAAACAUCAGAGCAUACCAGCCAUUCAAUGUUUUAAAGAUUUUGUUCAUGUUGACAACCAAACUACAAAAAAGUCACGAUGGCCACACAACAGGAAAGCUUCAUCCUCUAAAUAUAUUGUUCCUGUUGACAAUCAAACCACAAGAGAAUCACAAGUGUCACAAGUGUUUAAAGAAUCACAGACCAGGCAACGUCCCAAGUCUACAGGUAUCACUUAUAUUGAUGAUCAAGCCACAAGAAUAUUACAGAUGUCACAGGUCAAGAGAAAUUCCACCUAUAGAGCAGUGACAGAGUCUAUACAAGAAGUUCCCGAGCAAAAGAAGAAAAAAGCCAAAGAUUGGUUUAGAACGAGUUUAAAACUACCAGGUCGAACUCCUAAAACUAAAGGGACCCCCCAGAUCGGUUUCCCAGAGACGCCCAAAAAUCCUCAAGAUAUUGUUCCUGUUGACAAUCAAACCACAAGAGAAUCACAAGUGUCACAAGUGUUUAAAGAAUCACAGACCAGGCAACGUCCCAUGUCUACAGGUAUCACUUAUAUUGAGGAUCAAGCCACAAGAAUGUUACAGAUGUCACAGGUCAAGAGAAAUUCCACCUAUAGAGCAGUGACAGAGUCUAUACAAGAAGUUCCCGAGCAAAAGAAGAAAAAAUCCAAAGAUUGGUUUAAAAAGAAUUUAAAACUACCAGGUCGAACUCCUAAAACUAAAGGGACCCCCCAGAUCGGUUUCCCAGAGACGCCCAAAAAUCCUCAAGAGUGGACUUUUUACCUUAUUGCUCCGAGGAAGUCACAGAGUGUCAUGAAGUGGUUCCAGCCAUGGCUUAAAAAUAAAUCUAUGAAGGCAGUUAAUUCAUUGGAGAGGUGUGAUUUUAUCCUGGCCAUUUGCCUGAUUGUGUCGCGUAUUGGAACAGAUGUUGAAGCUGUCCGGAGGUUAAUUCCUGACACUAGACCUUCCAUUCUAAUGGUGAUGCAUCACACAUUUAACCCUGAGAUGGUGGUACCAGAUAGCAAAAGGUUUGCCAAAGGAUAUAACACGCUCCUAGUAGACUUUCUCUACCAUGAGGACGAGGGUCUUCUGAAUUGUGAAAAGAAUCGUAAUUCAUUCAACAAUAUGAUUCAGUGGAUAAAAGAACAUAUAAAGGCAAGUGUUCAUCUUUCCAUUUUAUGGUUAAGUUUAAAUCUCCUAAUAUAUGACUGUGUAUCACAUUUUUCAUAACACAGAGUCAGGUUUCCUAAAAGCGUUUAAUUCAUCCUAUUGUUUAAUGCUGACAAAAGUUAGUUGUGAGACCAACCAGAUACUGAAACUUGUCUGCACCUUAACUGAGCUCAUUAGCCCAUCCAGCCACAUGCCCUCUUCACUCUCUUGAUGCUGGUGUGUCUGUCAUUCCAUCUGUCAAGACAAAAUCAACCACCCAAUAGAGUACUCGUAUGGUGAUGAAUUCCUCUACCAGCACCUCAACUUAAAGUGCAUUGAGUUCUGAUAUUCCCUGUCUAUGGCUCAGUGUGUAAUGCUUAAGGGAUAAUGGCGCUCAGGUAUAAGAAGUCACUGACUAUGAAGUGUAACAAAUUACCACCUCAGAUGGGCAGCCAUUAACUUCUUAUACUUGAACGCCGUGCCGUACAUUACCCUUUACACAGCUUGUAUCUUAUAAUUGUUUUUCUCAUAGGUGACACAAGUGUAGAAGACAUAUGAGGAUCCAGCUCUUUGUGUUGUUUAUGUUCUCUACCAGACCCAUUGCAGAGCCUAUAUAAAGCAACACAAUGGAAGCAUUGCUAUUACGACCCCUUCUUGUCUAUUUUCGACUGGAUAACUAUUCGUCAUUGAGCUGCCACCCACUAGGACCUAUGCCUCCACAGUGCGACACAUUCUGGACAAGUUAUGGCAAUGGCACUGUGUUCUAUAUCAGACCAUCAAAAUGAGUUUGAAGAUAUAUCAUUUUGGGGGUCCUUUUGCCUUUUAUUAAUAGAGGAUAGUGAAGAGUGACAGGAAGCAAGUGGGAGAGAGAGACCUGUGGGGUGUCCUACGAAGCUCGAUUAGUGGGUUAGCGAGGUACGUUGCGCUCAAAGCCAGUGUAUUCUGUCAUACGAAAGAGCAGGUUAUGUGCUAAGUUAUAGCUCAAAUCGUGUAAAGCUUAGGCUGGGUGAACCCUGCCUGACCUGCCGGUGAAUUUGGAUUUCGCCCGGCAGCUCAGGCUGGAAACCUGCACAUCUAUCUCCCCUGCUUCCUGUCCACAACCUUUGGGUCCAAUCACAAAGGUUAUCCAAAAGACGCACUGGAUCUUUGGACUGAUUGGUUGAAGGACUAUCCAAGCGUACUCCAUUAGAACAAUGCCCAUCGAUCACAGCUCUUGUGCUGUAGAAAUAAAGUGCGGACUCCCCAUACUAAUGUUAAAAAUUAAAAAAUUGAUCUUAAUAUGGUGAUAGCCAGACUAUGUAAAACUACCACCAUCUGACCAAUCCUACUUAGUAUAAUCCUAAUAUAUUUUACAGGUAGAGCUCCGCCUCUCCAAACUUGUUUAAUCUCGAAGGUGCUUUUGACUAUGUUGCGCGUGCAAAUAAUAUGCCACUACUAUGGACGUGCCAUACCAUACAAUAUCUGGUGACCAUUGAUUUUUUUAUGUUAAAGGGUAGACAAUAAAAUUAUC